GUUCUUCACAGCCAAAUUUCCUCCAUUGAGAAACAGGCCACCACUGCCACUGGUUGCCCAUUGCUGAUCCGGUGCAAGAACUUCCAGAUCAUCCAGCUGGUCAUCCCUCAGGAACGAGACUGCCAUGACAUUUACAUAUCUCUGAUACGUCUGGCACGACCAGUGAAAUACGAAGAGCUGUAUUGUUUCUCAUUCAAUCCAAAAUUAAAUAAAGAAGAACGAGAGCAAGGCUGGAAACUGGUGAACCUCCACGAAGAAUAUAAUCGAAUGGGUAUUCCGAACAACUAUUGGCAGAUUAGUGAUGUAAACAGAGACUAUGGAGUCUGUGACUCCUAUCCUACGGAAGUGUAUGUACCAAAGACUGCAACUGCACAUAUCAUAGUGGGGAGCUCUAAAUUUCGAAGCCGAAGGCGUUUCCCAGCUCUUUCCUACUACUACAAGGAUAACAAUGCCUCCAUAUGUAGAAGCAGCCAGCCUUUAUCUGGCUUUAGUGCGCGAUGCCUUGAGGACGAACAGAUGCUCCAGGCCAUUAGAAAAGCAAAUCCAGGAAGUGAUUUCAUAUACGUUGUUGACACUCGACCAAAA